AUGGUGAGACAACCGUAUCUGAAGAAAGGAACAUGGAGUCGUGAUGAAGAUCACAAGCUGAUUGCUUAUAUUGUGAGAUAUGGGAUUUGGAAUUGGAAUGAAAUGCCCAAACAUGCUGGGUUGCAAAGAUCAGGGAAGAGUUCCAGACUUCGUUGGAUGAAUUACUUGAGGCCUAAUAUAAGGCGAGGAAACUUUACCAGGGAAGAAGAAGAAACCAUAGUCCGCCUGCAAAAGAUACUAGGAAAUCGAUGGUCAGCAAUAGCAGCAAGGCUCCCACAAAGAACAGACAAUGAUAUAAAGAACUACUGGAACACUCGCUUGAAGAAGAGAGUAAUAUCGGAGAACAAAAAUUCAACAGCUGCAACUACAUCAACAAAAGAAACCAAUUCCAGCAUGAUGGAGAAUUCGUCUGAUGCUGAUUCCUCAUCGAUGUUGACGAAUAUUUUGUUGGACUCACCGGUUUCUACAAUAGAUGACUUGCUGGAACCACCCGCUUAUUCUUGUUUUUCUCCAUCAGGCUCCGACCUUGUAGCAGUUGAUGACAAAUAUAGUAUGAGUACAGACAACUUUUUAGUUUCAUGUUGGGAAACGCAGAGUUACUUGGAGCAGCCACAGAUGAUAGAAGGUUUGGAUUGGGAAGCAGUGUUACCAAAUUCUGAGCUGUGGCACAGCCACCAUCAGCAAUGCUAUGAUCCUCUGGAUGAUUUCUGGAUCAAUCCAUUAAUUUAGUAUUGUGUCAGUGUCAGUUAUAGAUUCUUUUAGUGUUUCUCUACUAAUAUUCCCUGGUCUUGAAAUGGAUAGUCUUUCCUUGUCUCAUAGUUCUCGAAUGUGAAAAUAAUAAUAUCUAAUGAUUUUCAAUAUUUUCAUAAUAAAAUAGGAUUUAGACU